GUUCUAAUGCAAAUUACACGCGUCUUAAAGCCUUUCAUGCAUAUAAAAUCUACUGUCGUAUGAUUGCAAGUUCACAAAAUAUCAAUCUUCAAAGCAAUCUACUUUCAAUUGUUGCCAGCAGAUUUUGGUCCCAAGAACGAAGUCAUGUUAAGGAGAUAUAUCAAUUUCUUGCAACAGAGGCGGAGGCUCUUUUCAGAGAUACGAUUGCUAUAUGA